AUGGGAUUCCCGGCGAAAUGGUGUAAAUGGAUUCAUGGUAUCUUAUCGUCGGCUAGGGCAACUGUGCUUGUUAAUGGAUCUCCUACAUUCAAGUUCCAAUGUCACAAAGGUAUGCGUCAAGGCGAUCCUAUAUCUCCUUUUCUUCUUUUGAUUGUCAAGGAAGGUUUUUCACGGUUGAUAAACAUGGCGGCUGGUUCGGGAUUAUUAAACGGUUUGAAGUUACCUAACAAUGGUCCUGUUAUUUCUCAUCUUCUAUACGCCGAUGAUUGUACGUUUGUGGGAGAAUGGUCUGUAGAAAACUUGCACAAAGUGGCUAGAGUUCUUAGAGUUUUCUUCUUGUGCUCCGAACUGAAGAUAAACCUUGGGAAAUCGAUCCUUUUUGGGGUUGGGGUCGACAAUCUUGAGGUUAAACAAGCUGCUGCUAUGUUUAAAUGUAAGGAAGGCUCUUUACCUUUCACUUAUCUUGGGUUACAAAUUGGUGGUAACAUGAAUAGAGUGUCGAAUUGGAACUUUUUAUUCGAUAUUUUUGAAAAGCGACUUACAUCUUGGAAGGCUAAUACAUUAUCGAUGGGAGGGAGGGUUACACUUAUGAAAGUCGUGUUAGAAAGCCUGCCCACGUACUAUUUUUCCCUUUUUGCGGUGCCAUCAACGGUUAUUGAUGGUAUUGAGUCCAUCAUUAGAAGAUUUCUUUCGAGUGGAUCUAUUGAGUCUCGGAAAAUUAAUUGGGUUUCUUGGGAUACGGUUGCUUCUCCGAUGAAGGUUGGUGGUUUGGGUAUUUCAAAGUUAAGAGAUUCGAAUUUGGCACUUCUUGCCAAAUGGAUUUGGCACUAUAGAACUCAACAAGGGGCCCUCUGGAGAAAGGUUAUUGACUCAAUUCAUGGCUCGUGUAUAGGAUGGAGAUUUUUUCCCGUCAAUCAUUCUCUUUCAAGUGUGUGGAAGACGAUUGUGUCUCAGAUCGACAAGGUAAAGGUGGUUGAUAAGAGGCUAAACGACUUAAUUAAAGGAGUGUGUGGAAAAGGCGACUUAAUUCGUUUUUGUGAUUCUAAAAGGUUUAUUGGUGAACCGAGUUGGUAUUCAAUGCGUAUGUCUCCUAAUAUGAUAUCAGAAUGGUUGAGAUUUCGGGACCUCAUAUAUGAUAUUCGUACUUCUGAAGCUAAUGAUAGAUGGGUUUGGUUGGGCGACAGUCAAAACGUUUUCUCGGUAAAAAGCGUGAAAAGGUUCAUUCGAAGCGGCACAUAUUAUAGUGGCAGGAUGAGACCAUCGAGCACUUACUUUGUUACUGCCCAUGCUCAUCAUUUAUUUGGAGCCACAUUGGAGUUUGGUGUAAGGUGGGUAGCCUCAUGUUCUCUUCAGUAA